ACACUGUUUAACGUUUCCUUACCACCGCCAAAAUCGUCCGCGAGAGUGAGAGAGAGAGAGCGCGCGCCACAAGAAGCUCUGCUCUGGCAAAGCGUCCAAGUUGUGCGAGUGCUCAACGGCUCCGAAGUUGUAGGGUUGUCUAAAAAUGUCACCUCCUCCACAAACCAAACGACACUCUCGCACACAGACCAAACUCUCAGCACCCACAUUCAACGACCACUUCAACGCUCCGCUCAUGCUCCUCCUCCUCCUCCUCUUCCGCGUCCAUCUCAUCGUCCGUCCACUCUCCGGCGUAUCUUCUCCUCAACUCCAUCCCCAAUCUCUGAUUCUGCAGUUUCAAUGGAAGAUUGGGAUCGGAGUGUUUAUUGUCUCCAAAGAAUAUCAAAAUCCAUGUAGUUGAGCUUUUCUCGUCAAUCAAAAAUGGGCACUCCAGUGAAUAUCAUUGUAGGUUCUCAUGUUUGGGUUGAAGAUCCAGAUGAAGCUUGGAUUGAUGGACAAGUGUCAAAUAUUAACGGGCAGGAAGUUGAGAUCCAAACUCGUAAUGACAAGACGGUUGUUGCAAAGAUAUCGCAAAUUUAUCCGAAGGACAUGGAAGUUUCUCCUGGUGGAGUUGAUGACAUGACUAAGCUAUCAUAUUUGCAUGCGCCUGGAGUUCUACAGAAUUUGUCGACUAGAUAUCAGCUCAACGAAAUCUAUACUUAUUCUGGAAGUAUUCUUAUCGCCGUUAAUCCAUUCCAAAGACUUCCUCAUAUGUAUGAUGAUCACAUGAUGGAACGAUACAAGGGAGCACCAUUUGGACAACUGAGUCCUCAUGUUUUUGCAAUUGCUGACGUUGCUUUUAGGGAAAUGAUCUAUGAGGGCAAAAGCAACUCCAUUCUGGUCAGUGGCGAAAGUGGGGCUGGUAAGACAGAAACUACCAAGAUGCUUAUGCGCUACCUUGCCUAUUUGGGUGGCCGUAAAGGCACUGAAGGAAGGACAGUUGAGCAGCAAGUUCUAGAAAAAAUUUAUGGCUUCUGUAUGGAUAUCUUUUGUGGAUUUGUAAUUGAUAUACUGGUCUAUCAAAUGCAGUCAAAUCCAGUUCUUGAAGCAUUUGGCAAUGCAAAAACUGUUCGAAAUAACAAUUCCAGCCGCUUUGGUAAAUUUGUUGAGCUUCAAUUUGAUAAGCAUGGAAAAAUUUCAGGAGCAGCCAUCAGAACUUAUCUUCUUGAGAGAUCUCGUGUUUGCCAAAUUUCAGACACAGAACGCAACUAUCAUUGCUUUUACCUUCUUUGUGCAGCACCACCAGAGGAAAUUGAGAAAUAUAAGUUAGGAAGUCCUAAAACGUUUCGCUAUCUGAAUCAAUCAAAUUGCUAUGAACUUGUUGGUGUAAGUGAUGCUCAUGAUUAUCUCGCCACUAGGAGAGCCAUGGAUAUUGUUGGAGUCAGUCAGCUAGAACAGGAUGCAAUUUUCAGAGUUGUGGCUGCAAUUCUUCAUCUAGGUAACAUUGAGUUUGCCAAGGGAAUAGAAAUUGAUUCAUCUAUUCUGAAAGAUGACAAAUCAAAAUUUCAUCUCCAAACAACAGCAGAACUUCUCAUGUGUGAUGCUGUUGCACUUGAAGAUGCACUACUAAAGCGAGUAAUGAUCACCCCAGAAGAAGUUAUUAAGAGAACUCUUGAUCCUGUUGGUGCAACAUUUAGCAGGGAUGGCUUGGCUAAGACAAUGUAUUCCCGCUUGUUUGACUGGUUGGUUGAUAAAAUUAAUGUUUCAAUUGGGCAAGAUCCUAACUCGAAAUCUUUGAUUGGGGUUCUCGACAUCUAUGGUUUUGAAAGCUUUAAGACUAAUAGUUUUGAGCAAUUUUGUAUUAAUUUCACAAAUGAGAAGCUGCAGCAACAUUUCAACCAGCAUGUGUUCAAGAUGGAGCAAGAAGAGUACAUAGAAGAGGAGAUCGACUGGAGCUACAUAGAAUUUGUUGACAAUCAAGAUGUCUUGGAUCUUAUCGAAAAGAAACCUGGAGGGAUCAUUGCUUUGCUUGAUGAAGCCUGCAUGUUUCCAAAGUCAACUCAUGAAACAUUUUCACAAAAGCUUUAUCAGACAUUCAAACUUCACAAGCGUUUUAUCAAGCCAAAAUUAUCUCUCACAGAUUUCACCAUUGCUCAUUAUGCUGGAGAGGUGGUAUAUCAAUCUGACCAGUUUCUAGACAAAAACAAAGACUAUGUUGUCCCUGAACAUCAAGAUUUGUUGUGUUCUUCCAAAUGUUCUUUUGUAGCAGGCUUGUUCCCUCCACUUCCACAGGAAACAACUAAAUCUUCUUCCAAGACUUCUAAGUUCUCAUCUAUUGGUUCUCGUUUUAAGCUACAACUUCAGCAACUAAUGGAAACACUAAAUUCUACAGAGCCCCACUACAUUAGAUGUGUGAAGCCAAAUAAUCUCCUUAAACCGGCAAUCUUUGAGAAUGUCAACAUCAUGCAACAACUACGCUGUGGUGGUGUUCUAGAGGCAAUUAGAAUCAGUUGUGCUGGAUACCCUGCUCGUAAGACAUUCUUUGAAUUUCUAAAUCGAUUUGGCCUUCUUGCUCCUGACAUUUUGGAAGGGAAUAAUGAUGAAAAGGUCGCAUGCGAAAAGAUUUUGGACAGGAUGGGUCUUACAGGUUUUCAGGUAGGAAAAACAAAGGUUUUCUUAAGAGCCGGUCAGAUGGCUGAGCUAGAUGCACUGAGAGCAGAAAAACGUAACAUUGCAGCAAAGACUAUUCAAAAGCAGAGUAGAACUCAUAUUACUCGCAAACAGUUCAUUGCUUUGCGGAAGGCUACUAUAUGCAUACAAUGUAUAUGGAGAGGAAGACUUGCGCGCAAAUUAUAUGAGAACAUGAAAAGGGAGGCAGCUGCUCUUAAGAUUCAGACAGAUUUGCGUAGGCACUUGUCCAGAUGGUCCUAUAUCAGUCUUAAGUUCUCAGUGCUUGUCAUGCAGACGGGUUUGCGGGCUAUGGCUGCUCGUAAUCAAUUCAGAUGUAGAAAGCAGGCAAAGGCGUCAAUUAUUAUUCAGGCCCAUUGGCGUGGUCAUAGAGAUUUUUCGUACUACAAGAAACUCAAGUGGGCAUCAAUUUUUACACAAUGCAGAUGGAGGGGGAGAAUAGCCAGGAGAGAGCUUCGAAAACUAAAGAUGGCCUCAAGAGAAACAGGGGCACUCAUAGAAGCAAAGGACAAGCUGGAGAAACAGGUGGAAGAACUCACAUGGCGUUUGCAGUUGGAAAAACGUUUGAGGAUUGAUUUGGAAGAGGCAAAAGGGCAGGAGAUUGCAAAGUUGCAAAACUCAUUGCAAGCUAUGCAAAGCAAAGUUGAUGAAACUAAUGCAUUGCUUGUUAAGGAAUGUGAGGCUUCACGGAAGGCAUUUGGAGACGCAUUAUUUGUUGUCAAAGAAGCUCCACCGCUUGUCCAAGAUACUGAGAAGUUUGAGACUCUGGCUACAGAAGUGGAAAACUUGAAGGCUUUAUUGCAAUCGGAGAAACAACGAGCCGAUGAUUCUGAAAGAAAAUGUGCAGAAGCCCGUGAAUCAAAUGAAGAAAUGCGUAAGAAGUUGGAAGAAACUGAAAGAAGAGUUCAUCAACUUCAGGAAUCUUUGAACAGGAUGGUAUACUGCAUAUCGGACCAAGUCUCAGAGCUGAAAAUGAUCUUGUCUACCUCGUCCAACUCGAGUUCAACUUCUGGAUUCAAUGCUAGAGAUGAUCGGAUUGAUGCAUUGUCCGUUUCCUCUGAUACUACAUCCACCGACUCUGAUUUUACUUUUCCAGCUCCUGCUUCAACUCCAGCAAACUUUUCUUCCCUCCAUCCCCAUGCUUUCCAGCUGAUAGUUCAGGAUCUUUCAGCGGCUGAAGUCUCAGGAGCUGAAAACUGGGAAAGUGAUCGGGAGGGGGCAUUCGAUGACUUCUUCUGAUGGACCUUGCUCUUCCAAUUUGUUGUAUCUAUGUUCCUGCUAGCUAGUUGUUAGUUCAAUUAAAUGUGGGCGCUUUGGCCAUAUACUGUAGGUACCUCACAUCAAUAGAUUGUUACUUGUGCUUUAUACAAAAUGAGAUUGAUAAUAUCCUGACGUGUCAUAUUCUUCCUUCUAUAGUUUACAGACUCACCCCUACCCCUUUAAAAUCUGAUAUUCCAUUUUUGCUUUAAGCCUAAUGGACUUCUUAAUUGAUGCACAAUGGGUAUUGAGCCCUUAUAAUUUGGGAUUGAAGACAAUGCUUCGUCUAGUCUGUUUUUCAGAUGAGCUUUUCACUACAUGAUUAUAUGUGGAAUCAAGUGUAAUAAUCUUUGCAAAAUAAUUAACGAUAUUAGCCAUCAUGAUGAUAGCUUAUUCUCCACAAAUAACAUUUUGCAUAUAGCCUAGGCAAUCAAAAGUUAACUCCUGAUCAAAAUUAAGAGAAUCUAGAUUAUUACACUAUUGGCAAAUCUUGUGCAGGGACAAAUAGAAAGGUCAAAAGUCUGGCUUGGUUCAGCUUUAGAACGGAAAUUGUUGGGGGUGCUUCUGAAGAGGUCGAACAAUCUCAUUUUGCUGUAAUUACUAUUUCUUCUUAAUAUCAUUCUGAUACUACCCACCAAAAUAGUGUGAUAUGUAGAAGCAUACAGUGCCUUAAGGGACACAUUGUCCAUUUGCCGCCAUCUUGCUGACUUUGUAUGAUGUGUCAAACAUUCUGCUAUCUGUUUGGGUUUUGGAAUUAGGCAUUAAGGAUUUGAUUUUGGUCCUUCCAAACUUAUUUGUUCCUAGGUAUAUUGAUUUCUAAAGAAUAGAGUAGACAACUUGAAUGAUUCAGUAAGCCAAGUUUUUCUCCUGUUCCAUCUAGUUUCUUGCUCUCUGAUUUCUUCAAUUCUCCACAUAAUAUUUAAAUGCCUUUGUAAAUCUCUCUCCAUGGAAGAAAAGAUGUUAUUCCCCCUCCCACACUAGUACCAGUGGAAGGCUCGCAUAAAGCAGCAUCGUCUGAUUCCCUUUUCAUCAGGUUCUCAUCCUCCACUUCUUCUAGCUUUGGUAAGUCUUCGUUCUUUUUCAUUGGUUUUGGUCUAUUCUACUUAAUAAACAUUUAUCUUUUAGUUUAUAUCCAUCGUGCCUUGUUCUCUUCAUUAAAUUCUAUGCUUGUGUUCCAUAUUCAUCUACUUGGGUUGUUAAGUUGUCAUGUUGGGAGAGAACUGUGGAAGGAAAGAUCGAAAUUUUAGAAGAAUAUAUUCAUGAGCAUAUAUUUACCAAAAUGUUUUAGACCUUGUUGGAGUCUAGGUUUCUGCAGCUGAGUGUUCAAAUCAGAUGGUACUUCUAAUUUGUAAAUCUCUAAGUUCAUGGCAUAUGGAUUCCAUUGUCUGUGUGUCAACUAUGGUGGUUUUGAUUGCUGCAACUAUCAUGUCCAGGCAACUAAUUUUUUAAAAGGCUAAUGAGAAAAUCGUAGUUGUGAAUCGCGCUAAGCCCAGGUGUAGGUAUCAAGAGAUGCCUUGAUCUACAAAGAAAAAACCCAAGCUGUAUCUCCUUUGCUAGCAGUAACUCAAAGCCCACCAGUAUUUUGCCCACAACUUACUUAGCUAAGAAAAAGGCGUACUUUGAUGAAUAAAGUAAGCUCAAGGAUAUACAGUCGAGUCUCUCUACAAGGAAAUUUGAAGGCCAACGGAUAAAGUAUAGUUUGCUUAGACAGGAGCAAUAUAUAUAUUGGUCUUGCCUCAUAGAUCAUCAAAUCUGCUUUAGUAUCUGAACUGUAGAAGCCUUAUCUGAACUGUAGAAGCCUUAUGGGGUGAAUGGUUUGAGAAUAGUUCAUCAUUUUAGCGUUUGAAUGUUUGAGGGAGUUGUCAUUGAAGAAUAGUUUCGAGUUGUAUCGGAUUCUUGUUGGAACAUUUGGAGUUGUUGAUACCUUAUUCACAAGGAACAGUGAAGGAUAUUAUUGACUAAUAAUCUGAAAAUUUUUGUCCUUUAGAUACAUAUAUAUAUAUAUAUAUAAGCAUUUUAUUACCAAAAAGAAGAAUAUAAAGUAAGGCUCAAUACAUGAACUAAAAGAGCACACAAGGACACGGCCGAGUAAGCCAACCACCAUACAAAGGCGAUACAUCCACGAAGUCUAUAAAGAAAGCCACUCACAAGCCCGAGUGUCUAGGCAAAAAAUUGAAGAAAAACACCCUUUCAAAACCUGAGAGGGGUUGGUUCAGAAGAAACUUGUCAUUUCAAGUGCAAAGAAAGAGCUCACCCCUCAUAACCUGAGAGGAUAGGUAACCACAAACAACCCACAAGAUAUUGGCUGAACUGGAACAUUGGUGCUACAAGGCAACUGAUGAGUGUGCAGGUUCAGCUUGGGAUGAGCUCAAGCAUACAUGAGAGGCUAAUUUGCAUCCCAUGCUCGGAGUGCCCAAAUGUUUCCAGCAUUGUUUGUUGUGUCAAUUACAUUUAACAAAGGAAUAUCAUACAUCAGAACUUGAUGAAAUAAGUCAUGACCUGUGUUCAGGUGCUUAGUAUACAACAACUAUCGAAUCGGCAUGACUAUUGGGAUGACAAGUGUAGAACACAUAGCCUUUCUUCCAAUGAAUAUCCAACAUGAGGGUGUGCUAAUGACUGAAGAUUCAAAUAACGCUGUAGGCAGUUCUUUUUUGCCGGAUGAUGAUUUUAGGUUAGAGAUGAGAUUAAAUCACAUGAUUGUGUAUUUCUGCUGUUUUCUUUUUAUUCAUGUUCUGUGUUUCUGAUUUCUCGUUCUCCAAUCAUUGUGGAUUUCAUUUUAUUGCUUUUUAAUUUUGGUAUUUUGCUCAUGGGAGAGGCUUUUCUCCAGUCCUCCAAUCUAAGUAUGUGGACCACCACAAGUCCUAUUUUGAUAUUUGAGUUAUACAACUUGGUCGGACUAUUUUUAUUUUAGAGGGGACAAGUUGCUAGUGAAACACUAUUGCUCUAGUUACUUGAUUUUUGCAGAACAACAAUAACUUGAAUAUCUUUAAAGAGAAUGAGAAAUCAGUGCUUUCACCCCCA